AUGCCUGCGAAGCGACGGCCGGUAAACAUUGAUAAUGAUGAAGUGAUUGACUUCUCUACCGUUGGCAGUUCAAACAUGAUGAAGACGCCGGUACCUACCACGCUUCUGAAAAGUGUUGUUGAUCUGAGCUCGUCAGAGCCCCCUUCCUCAGAGGCGGUAACAACUGCCAGCGCCAUGGACAUGAGACUGAACGCGUACACGCAUCGCCAUGCACCACGUCGUCGCAUAGGUUUCUGCUGUAAUAUAGCACCGCAACCCAUUGCAGUUAGUGGGGCGUCAGCAUUACCCAAAUCAACAACUGCCCCCACGGCUGCAUCACCAUCAAGUGCCGUUUCCCAUGGUAGCAACACCACCUCUAUGAGUGCCGAUAGCAAAGAGCAGUUGGACGCGUUCUGGCGGGAGGAGGCGGCGCGGCGCGAGGAGAAGUCCAAGCAAGUAAGCCGCCAGCAGUACGAACAGCAAUUGUGCGACCUGUUUCGUGGUGCUGCACCGUUAGUGACUCCUGACCCAAAACCUUCCGGGAAUGAGGACGGAAGUCGUGACAUGGUUGAGCAUCGUGCAUAUUCUCUACUAGAACAGUUUUUUACUGACGGUGUACCGGAUGUAGAGCCGUGGGAUCAUUGGGCACUGACGAUGCCACGUUACAGUCGAUCUAACAUCGCUGUGGGCAUUAGCUUGGAUCGGAUAUAUCACCCUACGUUACCACCGACACACUACUCACAACUGUACCUCCAUGCACCAAACAGUGAGGAGACUGUGUUCAGACUGCCAAAAACAAGGGAUGAGCUGCGUGCCGAACGCCAGGAGCGGAUGCGAAAAGCGAAGGAGGAACGUGAUCGUGCCAAGAAAGCGGCUAAACAAAAUGAACAGCUCACCGUUGUGGAAUCCACCGGUGGUGGCCCAGCAAAAGUAUCAAUAACAGUAAGCGCAAAGGACCGACUUAGUAACCGCAACCUGCGGUACAACCUCUUCGGCGAUAGUGUGCUGAACCCGUUAGGAACUGAUAACAAAGUUUUUUCACAGUACCAAGAGCGCUUUCUGGAGCACCAGCGAAGGAACCAUAAACGGCACGUAGAGGCCAUUCCCCAUCAAAUUGAAAAGCGUAAGCAAGAUAUAAAGCGGCACUCGGAGGAGCGACCUGUAUUCCGUGCCUACCACAUCUACCCCAUAUACAGCUCAGCGCACUUGGGGAAGCUUCGUAACUUUGCAAAUGACGGUUUGCUUCGCGGUUUCGUUUUGUGGAUUUGCCGCUGCCAUGCGAUUAUUGUCCUGACUGGUGGUGAGGUGGCAGUGCGGCACCUGGAGCGUUGGAUACUCGAAAAGAUGAAGUGGGAAUCGUCGGAGACGAAAGCUGUGCGCCUUAUGACGUGUCCCCUACCGGAUCCCGCAACCUUUUCAUUUGUUCGGCAGAAAUCUCGGAAGCGUGAUCGGCAACAACAGGGAGACGAUGGCAGCCGAGGGCGUGAAGAGAAUCAACUGGAGGGAGACCGUCAUGGCACCGAUGGGGAGCGGGCACAUGUGUACAUGAAUUUUGUGGAGAGUGUACAGGAGGGCGAAUCGUUCAUGUGCAACAUGCCAGCAGAAGGCCCUUGGCGGGACCUUACCCAUGUGUGGCGCGCAGCCGUUGGGGCAGUCGUAGCUGUGGGUGGUGGUAACAAUACGGAAAGUCAGUCAACUGUGUGA